AUGCAGUUCUCCGCCGCCAUCCUUGCCGUCGCCGCCGCCUCCGUGGCCAGCGCUGAGGCUGUCUUCAAGGCCACCGAUUUCGCGGCCGGAUGCAUUCCCCACAGCGCUAUGUGCUCUUACUCCUUUGGUGUCAUCCAGGCCGGCAACGGCGAGACCACCCCUGUCCAGUGCAAGGCUCUGGUCCAGGGCACUGACGGCUCCCUGCCCGAGGUCACUGACGGCCAAGGCACCUGCGAGGAGUCUUCCCGCACUUUCACCGUCGCCAAGACUGACGCCGGUCUCGUCCUGACCGUCACCCAGCCCGUGACCCCCAGCUCCAACCAGUCUGGAAGCCACACCAUCGCUGCCAGCGAGCUCGAGUUCGAGCAGACCGGCGCCUCCAGCCAGCAGAAGUACACUGGCGCCGCCGCGUUCGACCUGGAGUAA